CUCAUAUAAGUUGCCAAAGACAGUCACAGUUGCUACAUCACUUUUGUUUGGUCAUGUCACGUUGCUUUGUGAAACAUUUCUCUUUAUUGAUUUAAGUGAAGGACCUGUGUAGUUAUCAGACCGUCGAAUUGACACGCCAUGGAUACGCGCAGCCGGCUUAUCGAUUCUCAUUGGUUCGGUUUGCCAAUAACGCACCCCUGUCAGGGUUCUCACGGAUCCUUAAAAAGUCUUAAAAGGCAUUAAAUUCACGAAUCUAAAAAUAAGGCCUUAAUUGGCAUUAAAAUGUCUUAAAUACAUCUUUCAAAAGUCUUAAAAACGUGAACUUGUGAUGUAUUUUAUUUUAUGGUUGUAAUUAGUCUCAAAUCCAAAAAGGUAACAUACAUUUAUUUUUUUUCAAAUCAUUUACGAAUGAAUCUCGCGGUAACAUCGCGCAAUCACUGUAGCGGAACCAUCAGUCAUGUGGUUGCAGCCCGGACCUUCAGAGCAGCGCAUCUUCAUGGAGCAACCCGGGAGCACCUGUAGCAAGGUAGCAACCAUGGUAGCAGCCAGGUAGCAACCUAGCAACUCGUUUAGCAAUGGGGAAGUGUAAAUUCAAAGAAAACUGGCUGUCCGACCAACAUUUUUCUAAAUGGCUAAAAGCGGUGCCAGGCAACGUAUACGAGGCACGGUGCAUUUUGUGCAAAAAAUGUUUCAAACUCGGCACGAUGGGAGUGAAGGCAGUGGAGUCACAUAUGCACAGCACGAAACACCAAGCCUCGGAGUCCAGCUGCCAACAGACGCCAAGUAUUUCGCAGUUCUGUUCGACCCUCGUCUCCACCAUGCCUCCGCCUCCGCCUCCACCCUCGGGCCCGGCGACAUCAACAACUCGGACCGCAGCACCGCGUCUUGAGACAAUUUUCGGCUGCACGCCUACUUUGAAAGCAGAGGUACUGUGGUCGCUGAACACCGUGACCAAACACCAAUGAUUCAAGUCUAAUGAGGGAGUUGGAGAGAUAUUCCGUGCAAUGUUCCCAGAUUCUGAUAUUGCCCACUCGUCUGCAUGUGGGUCCACCAAGACAGCCUACAUCAGCAAAUUUGGAUUAGCUCCGUACAUUUUAAAGCAGCUCGUUGCGGAUGCUAACAAGGACACGUUUGUUUUAAUGUUUGACGAGAGCCUCAACCAGACCACAAAAACAAAACAACUGGAUCUGCAUAUCCGCUACUGGUGCGAAGAUCACGUCCAGUCAAGAUAUAUUGGGUCGCAGUUCAUGGGACAUGGAACAGCCCAGGAUUUACUACGCCAUUUCAAAGAAUGUGCCAAGGACCUGGAUAGACAUAAGCUGUUGUCAGUCUCCAUGGAUGGACCAAAUGUGAACUGGAAGUUCCUGGAGCUACUGCAGCAAGAACAGUCAGAACAGUAUGGGGGCGCUCAACUGAUUGUGGUAGGAAGUUGUGGUCUCCACACCUUACAUAAUGCUUGCAAAGGCGGCUUUGUCAUGUGGCAACUGGACAAGGUUCUGAGGGCCAUGCAUGCACUCUUCCAUAAUACACCUGCAAGGAGGGAGGAUUUCACGGUUCUUACCAAAACCACACAAUUUCCACUGGCAUUCUGUGGCCACCGGUGGCUUGAGAACCUACCAGCUGUGGAGAGGGCUUUAGAGGUGUGGCCUUCAGUGACCAUGUACGUGGAUGCAGUCAGGACCAAGAGGCUACCAAAUCUAGGGACCUCAUCUUUUGACACCCUUGAGGCGGCACAGAAAGAUCCUCUCAUCAUGGCAAAACUUUACUUCUACAUGUCUGUCAUCAGGACCUUCAGCCCCUUCCUCACUGCAUACCAGACAGAUCAGCCAAUGAUACCAUUUCUUGUGAAUGAUUUGGCAGAACUGAUGAAGAGUAUUUUGAGGCGUUUUAUCAAGAGGGAGGUCCUUCAGGACAUCAGUCCACUCCAGUUAGCCAGACUGGAUGUUGGUGACAAAAAGAAUUGGGUCCAUCCUAAGGAAGUGAACACUGGCUUGGGUGCAGAAUCAACCCUGAAGGAUCUCCAAAGACAGAAAAAGAUAAGAGAUCUCACAGUCCUAGAGUUUAAGAGGGACUGCAUCAAGGUGAUGUCAACCAUCCUGCAGAAAGUGCAAAACAAGAGCCCCUUAAAAUAUCCCACUGUGAGGCAGCUGACCUGUUUGGACCCUAGAAAGAUGUUCUCUGAUCCAGAAUGGUGCCAGGGCAAGAUGAGGAAUCUCGUUCAGAGGUUUCUGCACGAUAAACAAUUGUCAGGAGGCGUCACAGCCGGUGACGUGAUUACACAGCAGUUUUGUGACUUCCUAUCCGUUGAGGCUAGACAUGACACCUUCCACUCCUACCGACCCACUGAGACAAGGGUGGAUGUCUUCCUCCAUCAGACUUUCCAGAGCAAAUGCUACCCUGAGCUAUGGGAGUUUUGUAAGAAGCUUCUUCUCCUAUCGCUUGGCCAGGCGACAGUAGAGAGAGGCUUUUCAAUAAACAAAGAGGUUGAAACUUGCAAUAUGCAUGAAGAAACAAUGGUCAGCCAGCGACUGAUCUGUGACUAUGUCACAGUUUGUGGGGGUGUCCUCAAGGUCCCCAUCACUAAGGAGCUCCUGUCCUCAGCUGCAUCAGCCAGGUCAAGGUACAUGAUGUACCUAGAUGAGGAAAAGCAAAAGAAAAUGAAUGACAUUGCAACACAGAACCAAAGGGCAGCUGCAGAGCGCAUCGAAGAACUUAAGAAGAAGAAAAAAUGUCUGUCUGAGGUGGCAAAAGUUCUGCUCGACGAUGCCGAUCAGCUUGCUACGCAAGCAGAAGGAAAGGCUGGUAGCCUGAUGGCACAGCUAAUCAAAAAAUCUAACACACUGAGAAAGCGCCACAAAGAAAAACUGGCAGAAUUGGCAGAUGUGGAGGAGGAACUGAAAAAAGCAAUGCCAUAGCAGCUACAUAUCACAAACGGGCAACAGUUUUACCUCAGCAGCAGAGUGUUUUUUCCAGUUUUUCUUUUGCAAGCAUUUAUAUGAUGCUUAGGAUACAGUUAGUUAUACAGUAAGUUAUUUGUAAUCGUUACCUUCCAGUGGAGGAUUCAUGAUGCAUUCUUUUACAUGUGUAUUUGUACAUGUGUCUCCAUGUCUUGAAGUAUUAAUGUUUUUCAAAAAAAGUUUCCAUUUGAUCAGAAGGUCAUGUUCAAAUAAAAAUUUGGACAAAAUUGUCCCGAACCCUA